AGCGCUGCAGAAAUAGAUGGCAGCUCCGUGUCAGUGAGUUUGCAUCCCCCUUCCCGAUCCACGAGCUGGAGUGGUUAGAGCCCUGGAAGGGGAUUGUUACUCCUGUGGAGAAGUCCCCUUUCCUGGCAGUCGUCUGCACUGUACACGCCGGAUGCCUCUCUCCAUCCGCCCCGCUCACCCUCUCCUCUCUCACCUCCUCUCUCCCUCGCUCCUGCAUUGAUUUUUUUCCUUUUCAGUUGACUGAAACAAAACAAAACAAAAGGGCCACUGGAUGUCUGCCUUCUUGGGGGGUGAGCCAGACAGACUGACAAACCGACAGACCCAACUGUGUUCGGGGGAGGGUUUCUCCGCCCGUCCUGCCCGGCAGCAGCAGCAUGGACGUGUUGGCUAGUUAUAGUAUAUUCCAGGAGCUACAACUUGUCCACGACACCGGCUACUUCUCAGCUUUGCCAUCCCUGGAGGAGACCUGGCAGCAGACAUGCCUUGAAUUGGAACGCUACCUACAGACUGAACCCAGGAGGAUCUCGGAGACCUUUGGUGAGGACUUGGACUGUUUCCUCCAUGCUUCUCCUCCCCCGUGCAUUGAGGAAAGCUUCCGGCGCUUAGACCCCCUGCUGCUCCCUGUAGAAGCCGCCAUCUGUGAGAAGAGCUCAGCAGUGGACAUUCUGCUCUCUCGGGACAAGUUGCUAUCUGAGACCUGUCUCAGCCUCCAGCCAACCAGCUCUUCUCUAGACAGCUACACAGCCGUCAACCAGGCCCAGCUCAACGCAGUGACCUCAUUAACGCCCCCAUCGUCCCCUGAGCUCAGCCGCCAUCUGGUCAAAACCUCUCAAACUCUGUCAGCCGUGGAUGGCACGGUGACGUUGAAACUGGUGGCCAAGAAGGCUGCCCUCAGCUCAGUGAAGGUGGGCGGGGUGGCAACAGCGGCGGCAGCUGUGGCGGUAGCUGGGGCAGUUAAGAGUGGACAGAGCGACAGCGAACAAGGAGGGGUGGGGGCUGAAGCAUGCCCCGAAAACAAGAAGAGGGUGCACCGCUGUCAAUUUAACGGGUGCCGGAAAGUUUACACAAAAAGCUCCCACUUAAAGGCCCACCAGAGGACUCACACAGGUGAGAAGCCUUAUAAGUGUUCAUGGGAAGGAUGCGAGUGGCGUUUUGCACGAAGUGAUGAGCUCACGAGGCACUACAGGAAACACACAGGUGCAAAGCCCUUUAAAUGCAACCACUGCGACAGGUGUUUUUCCAGGUCUGACCAUCUUGCUCUCCAUAUGAAGAGACAUAUCUAAAAAACCAAAAGGCCAGAGUUGCCAUGGCAUCAGCCAAUGUCUGAAGGAAAUGCCGAGAGGCAGGGGGCUGGACUUCAGGCGAGGACACAUUGCCUCGCAGAAGAAAGUUCUCACUUCUAAACCUCUGUGUACACACACACACACACACACGCACAUACUCACACAGACCCACACACAUACACACUGUCAUGCACUCAACUAUAUUUAAAAUAUAUACGUCUAUUCUUUAUGCCUUGCCCUAGCCAGAUGGUAGAAGACGAAGAAGAAGGAAACCGGGUGAACUCAGCAAGGCAGACUGGCUGCUUGCUUCAGCACUAUUGGAAUUAUUUCCCGCUGUUGCCAAUGGAAAUCAAAGAAAAUGGAUGUGACGUCUCUGCAGGUGGACGGCAGUACGAGGGGCUUAUUUAACUUGCUUCUCAGUGCAACUUGAUAGGAGAAUACCACGUCUUAAAGUUGCAUAUGUGUAGCACUAAUGUUUCUUUUUAAAUAGUUGGGGGAAAAUGACCUAGAAAACCAAAUUGCAGUUUGGUAGCCAAAAUUAACUCUUGGUUUAUUUGUCCUUUGUGUGUGAAAAGUCCUACUAUUCCGUGCGUCAGACUUCCUCACAGAACUGUUGAUUGGUUUUGGUUCUUCUUAGUACUAUUGAGAUCUUUCGAGUCGAUACCAACGGCCUUAGCGGCGGCAGACUCUGGAAUAACACCUUACACCUUUCUGGCCUGCAUUUCUCUAGACUUCACUCUCAAGGGAGGAGUUUUCUUUUCUUCCUUUUUUGACUCUUGCACACCAUAUGCACUAGGGAUUCUGGAAACUUCUAGCAUGACUGCAAAGUGGCCAAGAGAAUAAAGUCCUUGAUGAUAAAUCACAGUAUAUCCCUUGAGCCUCACCUUAUUGCCAGUGCUAGAUUUUUUCUUUUUAAUCUCUCUGUUUUUGCUAACGAAAACUUGAAAAGCUUGUUUGGAAGCUUACAUGUUUUAUCUUUUCUCCAUGGACUAAACCUCUCCAGGACUCUCUCGGCACCUGGAUGUCCAGCUCUCGAAGCAGCCAGUCAGAUGGGACAUCACAGUUCUCUCAUCCUCCUUGAGGCAUGAUGACCUCAGCUUCUAGUGAUCAACCACUGUGCUGUGUGUCAUUGCUACCCUAUAACCAGUUACAGCAUAGAUGUCGCUAGUCUCAAAGGGCAGCUGCAUAUUUAAUCUAACUCUGGGUUAUGACCUGACAAAAAGCCAAAAAUAUCACUCUUUCCAGGAGUGGGGAAAACUGAGGAUGCCUCCCAGGUCUAGUGGCUUCACAAAAUAUCAUCCUCUCUUCCUCUCUCAUACCCACCGAGCUCACAUUGCCCCACUUGUUAAAAUACACAAUUCAAAAUGCCAUUGUGGGAAUGAAGGGUUGAUAUGGAAGGAAAGGGUUGAAAGGUUUCUCAUGGUCUGUCUAAAAGGAGAGACACGUUUCUAAGUUUGUCUUUGGCUAGGCCCACCAUGAUGUGUGACCUAGAACAUCCAGGAUCAACAGAGGCCUCACAUUUACUCUGCAAGCUGACUGCAAGGGGCUCACACUCCUUACGUUUCAUCCCAUACUCACACACCCGGUAUUGGUCUCUUUAUCUACCCGCAUUUGUAGCUAGCUGGCACUGGCUUCAACUCCAAAGACUGCCUUUAGGACCAUUAAAUGGCCUGUGCCAGCAAGUGGGGUGGUGAUUAGGACAGAUUGUAUAUUUUGUAUAUUUUGGGACCAUCCCUUCAAGACACGUCUAACAAAAAUGGCAUUUGGUCCACACUCGGUUGCUGCUCCUUUAUACCAGCUGGCUCCCCUCUGCCCUCUGACUCUUUGACUCAUUGACUGUUAAAAUGUCACCCCGUACAUAUUUGGGAUGCAAAACUGAAGUCUUUAAAAGGAAAUAAUAAUAUGAGGAACACAAACACAUAUAUGACAGCAACCUUCAAGAUCCUUGGCAUUUGGGUUUCCGCUUUCUGCAAACUUUGUUUUCACUGAAAUGUUGAAACUACUCGUCUGAGGGCAAAGAAACAUUAUCACAAAUGCUGUAGCUGCCAAUUGGACACUUGGGGCAUUUCGAGGUCUGGCCCUUAGAAUUUUCUUUCUCUUUUUUCAAUUUAGACCAAAAACAAAAACAGAAAAACAAAAAGGAAAACAAAAAAACCACAGCAAAAAAGAAGAAACACCCUAAACACACACACACACGCACGCACACACAUACACAAAAUCUGUCCAUUUGCCAGAGGCAAUUAUGUAUAUGUUAGUUGGAGGGUUUUUAAAAAAUCAGUUUUAUUCCAAAGAUUUAAAACUAGACAUGACUUACAUGACUUAGAAACAAUUUCUGGAGCACUGCUAGCUGACAAUCUUGUAGUUCUCUACUGCAUUUGAGUGCAUUUUGUGGCCAGUCCAUUGGGGCGCACCAUGGGAUUAUAUUUGAAUGUGUGGUGCAUCCUUUCUGGAUGAAGGGUGUGUGAGGGACCUUGAACCUCAGCUGUAUUAAACUGUAGCGCCUCCAGUCAGUGCACUAGAUGAAACUUUAGACACCCCAAAUUUUGUUGGUUUGUUUAUUUUCCUUUCUCUAGCAGCCUCCAGCAUGAACGCACGCACAUGCCAGCGAUGGCAUUAAGCCAUGGCUGCCACGAUUUACCAAUGUUCUCUCCCCAGCUGGAGCUGCUCUUGCCUCUCGAAAUGCUAUUAUUAAGGGUUUAUAAUACUUAAUUUAAUUUUCGAACUGACCAAUGCAAGGCUCUAUUAAAAAGAAAAUUUAAAAAAAAAAAAAAAGAAUACAAAAGAGUAAUCAUUGCUUGUUUGCUCCCUGUUUUCAUCUGUGGUCUCCUUUGAAUGUGGCAGAACAAAGGCCCUAUGGUCCUCACCAGUGUCUGAACUGUUCAGUAAUUUCUCUCUCGUAUCAGUGAGGUCCUUUGUAAUCUGCUCCUGACCUUUCUCAGAGUGGGGUGCACAGAAACGCGAUGGUGGCACUUGCUUGCUUCAAGUCCUUUGUUGACUAUGAGAAUCGGCCUGAGAAUUUGGUGGGUGCCAAGCAUAUGGCUUUGAAACUGUUCUCCUCUAGCCCAGAUUGACACCUGUUAAUGAUAACCAGUUCUAACCAUGCAGGUGGGGGUAGCCCCAAUCAUUUUGGAAAGGGAUUUGUGAUAAAAUGUCCCUCAUCUCUGAAAUGGCAGAGAUGGUGGCUAAGAGCCUCUAGAGUUAAUUGAUCUUCCGAGGCAUAACCUGAAGAUAUUCUGCUCCAAGAGGACUCGUUAUUUAAACAGUGCUUUAGUGGACAUUUGAAACACAUUAAGCCUUUUUCUCAUUUGAAUUGUUAUCUCCUAACAUUCCAGGGGACCCCAAAUUUGAAAGGAAAAACUUGGCAUGAUGUUUCUUGUGGCUGUCCCCUCAAGCACGCUGUAUCCAAGGUUCGGAGUUUGAUGUGUAGAAAAAGUGUUUCUAAGCCACAUACAAUUGUCUUUAUUUCGAGUUAUGCUUCUUUCUCCUACCACAUGGCUGGAAGUCAGAGACGUGGAAACCUGAAAUUAUAAUGCUGCUCCUAGCUACUGGCCUCCUGCCCCACUAAUGGUUAAUUGGCCCUGCUUAAUGCCUGGUGGUGAUGAGUAUUAUGUCCAGAAAAGAAAGAAAGACAUGUUCGGAUUCCAUGACAAAGCUACAUUCUGUAAAAAUAUUGGAGACUCCAAAAUGAAAUUCACGCUGACCAUUUCUUUCUUGUGCUUUCCCCUUGCAAAGCCCUUCAAUGUCCCCUUCUCUUGAUGCCAUCUCCGCCCCAUCUCCACCUCUUGUGCCCUUUGCCAUCUGAUUGCUAAUUAUAACAGGGUAAAAAGACAGCCAACCUCAUGCACGAUUAGCAGAACUGAUUACUAGUUUUAAAAAAUCUUCGCAGCUAGAGAAGAUUUUUUAAGGACUUUAGUUUGGGAUAAGCUUCCAGAGUCUCAUGUUUUUUUGUCUCAAAGGGGAAAGAAAUGGGAUGCUGUUGGGGGGUGGGGUUCAUCCAGUGUGUUCACAACACUCUGCCUACAGCCCUCACUCCUGCUUUCUAUGGCAGAACCAAAAGAAAUAAACUCAAAUCAAAAGAACAAUAAAACCCGGUGAUUAGUUUUGAUGGUUCAAAAUGAUUUCAUCUAUGGAAGUCACUUCAUAAAGUGUAAAAUACAGCAGGAAGUGCUUUUGUCUUUUCUGUUGCACGAGCUGUUUUUAGGAGAAAGAAGAUGGUUGGGAAAGUCAGAUGCAGCACAUUUCGUUGUGUCUUUCUUUCUUUUUUUAAAAAUCUUAGGAGGGCCAGCAUUUCUGGCUGCAACUUUUGCACCCAGGGCAUUGCCAAAGUGAAAAUUCAGUUAGUAGAACUGGGUUGAAAUUUCCUCAAGGAAGCUUUCCCUUGCAUUUUCCAGAAAUGGCCGUCUGUCAGGCGCAGGAGUGGGGGCAGGAGAAGAGGACUCAGAUUCUGGGUAUCUGGAUUAAAUUUCGGUAAACAUGGUGAUAUCUCCAUUUGAAAACUAGAGGGCCUGGCCUGAGUAUACAUCAUUGCCUCUUUGAUGGCCUACUUUCCUCAGUGAGGAUCUUUGGGAAUACUUGAGAUGGAACAACAGAAAUGUGUCAAAGCCAAAACUGCCUGAAAAUAAUGAGACAUCCCAUGACUAACUGCCUGAGGCUUCAGGGUUUUCUCUUGCUUUUAACACUCUCUUAAAUCUCCUCUCUGUUGGUUCCUAGUAGAUCCCAGAAAAGGGAAAAAUAAAGCUGCAGUUAACUUUCUUAUGUGCACCCUUCUGAUACAGUACUGUAUUCUUCAGGUGUUUUGCAUUACAUAUAAGUCCUUGGGAAACAGGUAUCAAAAGUGGAGAGAGAAAUCCUAGGCCGUCACUUUGCAAAUAUCCCAAACAAGAGACUCUUUUCAAACAGGGCUCCUUCUCAGUGGUCAUGAGGGGAGGUUGAUACUUUCUUUGUUGGGGACUGUUUAUACAAUUUUUUUUCAACUGUGAGCUUUGGAACCGUAAAUUUCUUUGACUCCAGCUUCUGUCUACUGCCAUAAAAUGGACCCCACAUCAGAAUAAUGAGGGUGGUAUGUACACACACACCUAGGCGUGUGUGCAUAUGUACCUAUUGUACCUUCACAGAAGGAAAACAGGCUACUGACGUUUAAGAGGAGUAGCCACCAGUGCCUAAUAUCUUUUGGGGGGGAUGGAUGCUUAUAAUUGCCAGUAUAUUGAAACCACACUGGGAGUUCCACAUAGAGGGGAGGGGCAGUGGGUAGGGAGAGGGGACAUUUUAAUCCUAGGCCUUUGGACUGGAGGCAGAAGGAUUUCUGCAGUUCUAGGUCCUGAAGGCUUUGGGGCUCAUGGGCUGGUUCUCAACCUUUUCAUUGUUUCUUCUUAGCAUGCAUGUCCAAUCUAAACCCAGACUCAGUUUAAUUUCCUUAUCUUUCACAUCUGCUUCAUUCCAGGGAGGAAAAAUACACCUGUUAUGGCCAAGAUCUCCUUGCUAACACAGAGGCAAAACUAAAUGUUAAUGUUUUUGAAGCCUCCCCUUCCUUUUCCCCCUUCUACUCCCAUUGCACAACUUCCAGCCGCCACCACUCUUCUUUCAAAUCUCGAUUAUCCUCUUAACAGUUGCUUGAAGAAAUUUAUUUUUGCACUAUACAUUUUCUUUUUGCCAGAUGUGUCUAACAAGUGUGUUUGGAGAGACCUACUCCCAGCCCCCUCCCUUCCCCCCCACCUCCCCGGUCACAUUCUCUCAGGCCUUCUCUGGUAUUUAUAAUAUAUCACGGAAGUACCCAGUCUUAUAGCCCUCGGUUAUGCCUUUUUUUGACAUUUUAUUUUUUUUAAGCUUUUUAUAUAUAUAUAUAAAUAUAUUACUUUGUCAAGUUUUUUUGCUGUACAAAAGUCUUAAGAUUUAAAACUAUUAUUUGUAUUAUAUGAUGGUGGUAUGUUAAUGUUACAAAAUUAUUAAUGAAGAAAAAAUUUAUUUUUGUUACUGGUCUGUUUCAUAAUUCUUUUUUAAAUUGGUAUAUUGUAAGAUAUCUAUGCAAAAAAUGUUAUGUGACGCAUUUUUAUUUAAGAAUGUAAUAUGUGUAAUAAACAGUAGAAUGUGUUUGGCCUUGGAA